GGGGCCGCACCCCGCGCCCCCCCGGCCGCCCCCGCGCACAGGGACCUUGGCUUUGCCCUUCGCACGGCAGGUGGCGGGGCCAGCGGACAAGGAUGCGUGUCUUCCCGUGGGGAUUUUGGCUGCUGUGUGUCGCCUCCGCCCCGGCUCGCGGUGACAGCGGCAGCAAGGCGAGGAGCUGCUCCGAGGUCCGGCAGCUGUAUGGAGCCAAGGGCUUCAGCCUCAGCGGCGUGCCCCAGGCCGAGAUCUCCGGGGAGCACCUGCGAAUCUGCCCACAAGGUUACACCUGCUGCACCAGCGAGAUGGAGGAGAACUUUGCAAACAAAAGCCGAAGUGAAUUUGAAGCCAUGCUGAAAGAGGCUGGUCGCUCCGUGCAGGCGACCCUAACAGCACAGCACAGAAGCUUUGACAGUUAUUUCCAGGAUUUGUUGAACAAGUCAGAGAAGGCCCUGUACGAUGCCUUUCCAAGCAUGUACGGAGAAUUGUACACUCAAAAUGUGAAGGUGUUCAAGGACUUGUACAGCGAGCUGCGCCGCUAUUACCGCAGCUCCAACAUCAACCUGGAGGAGGCCCUCAAUGAGUUCUGGACACGGCUGCUGGAGAGGCUCUUCAAGCUGCUGAACCCCCAGUACCACAUCACAGACGAGUACCUGGACUGCAUGGUCAAACACGCUGAGCAGCACAGACCCUUCGGGGAGGUGCCCAGGGACCUGAAGGUGAAGGCAACGCGAGCCUUCAUCGCGGCGCGCUCCUACGCACAGGGCUUCCUGGUGGGCAGUGACGUGGUCAAAAAGGUGUCUCAGGUGUCCCUCAGCCACGAGUGCACCCGUGCCAUCAUGAAGCUGAUGUACUGCCCGCACUGCCGGGGCAUGUCCAGCGUGAAGCCCUGCAACAACUACUGCCUGAACGUGGUCAAGGGCUGCCUGGCCAACCAGGCCGACCUCAGCACGGAGUGGAAGUACCUGAUGGAUUCCCUGAUCGGGGUGGCCGAUCGCAUCGACGGCCCCUACAACGUGGACACUGUGAUAGGCACCAUCCACAUGAGGAUCGCUGAAGCCAUCUCUAACUUGCAAGAAAACAAAGAUUCCAUCACGAGCAAGGUAUUCCAAGGCUGUGGAAAUCCCAAAAUCAGCACAAAAGGCUCCAGUAGUGAGGACAAGAAGAGACGGGGGAAGGUGACAUUGGAAGCCAAAUCCUCUGCACAAGCACUGGAGAUGCUGGUUUUAGAUGCCAAAGGGAAUCUGACAGCUCUCAAGACAUACUGGAUCACCCUACCCAGCAGCCUGUGCAGCAAAAAAGUGAUGUCCAGCUCAGCAUCAGAUGACAAAUGUUGGAAUGGGAUGACCAAGGGCAGUUACCUGCCUGAAGUGAUGGGGGAUGGCUUGGCCAACCAGAUUAACAACCCAGAGGUGGAGGUGGACAUCACCAAGCCAGAUAUGACCAUUCGCCAGCAGAUCAUGCAGCUGAAGAUCAUGACAAACCGCCUGGGCAACGCCAACAUCGGCAACGACGUGGACUUCCAAGACACAAGUGACGACAUGAGCGGCUCCGGGAGCGGGGACAGCUGUCCUGACGACGUCUGUGGCAAAAGACUUUCUAAGAGCCCCAGCACCAGGCAGCCAGAAACACACGCUAUUCCUAAGCAGUCUGGACACGGCGUCAAUGGGGCCAGCAGCAGAUCUUUGCCUUCUGCCUCCCUCCUCCUCCUCCUCUCGGUGGCUGUCACUGCCGCGCUGCACUUGCGGCGGUAACUCAGUGGCACAGCCAGGAAACAGACUGCGGCUGAGGGCUUCACUUUGCCAAAACCAACCAACCAACCAACCAACCAAAGGACAUAUUUAAUUCACCUUGGCAAAAAAAAAAGAAAAAAAAGGAAAAAAAAAAACAAGAAAAGGGAGGAGAAAAAGGUUUUCAGAAGGUUUCAGUUGUUUGCUAUUUCUGGCAGUGCUCAAGCUGUUUUCUUCUUUCUUGGUCUUUCCCCAAUGCUGGGCCCUUCUUUCCAUACCUCAUUGUUUUACUUUUGUUAUUGCCACAAACUGGCUCUUGGGGCUGGAGCCAGCCUUUGCAGAGGGCUCCAGGGGAACUCGGCCGAGCCCUCCGAGGGCAGCUGUGCUGCUGCUGCCAGUGGAAUAUGCAACUGCCCUGCCCUUGUUCGGGUGCCGGAGCUGCCGACACGCCCGUGCCGCGCGCAGCGCCGCUCCCAACGCCGACACCGGGAGCCUCGCUCGGCCCCCGUGCUGCAUUCAGGGGCUCUUGGGUUCUUCCUCUGUGCUUCCUAGCUGGGCAGAUGGCCCUUCACUUCCAGGGUGUACGCAGGAGCGUGAGCAGGUUUGGUGGGUUGAGCUGAAAGAGUUUGGCAGCGGCUGUUGGACCCAAAAAUGCAGGACUCCCUUUUUCUUUGGAAAGGUCACAAGUGGGUUUCUUGACUAGAGCUCGUAGCUGACGACAAUUUGAAAUGUAGGUUUCCUACAUCUAAGUGACUGGGAAUGAGUGUUAGGGGUUGGGGUUUGGGGUACUUUUUCUUUGCAUGCUAGUUGGAAAGCCAUUUUUUACCCGAGUAACAAUGGUCCAAUUUGUACCUGCAGUGCAGUACCAUUGUAGGUAACAGAGAGAUGCAAAUAUGCACAGUGGGAUUCUCUGUGUGACACACAGUUCUGCUGCCUCCUCCUUCUGUGGCCCCAGCCACAGACAGGAAUCCUUUAUUUUUCUUGGUAAUAAGAGAGACCAGAGAUGUUUUACUAACUGGAGCUUUGGCUGUGCCCCUUCAAGCAGCUGCCUUAGGGCAGGGAGGGGCUGGUGGGGAUCACCACAGGCACUGGGUCCCUACCCAGAGCACUGGCUCAAGGCAGCACUCACCAGGGGAGUGUGAGGACAGGGCACAUUUUGUUUGGGAUUUCUUUUAACCUUUGGUGUUUGUUGCAGUUACAUUGCAGGUUUUUAAUGGAUUCCCACUUUCCCUAUUUCUUCCCCAUUAUCCAAUAUACCUUCCCUAACUCCAGCAGGCACGGGCUGAGCCAGCAGGUCAGGCACCACCUGCAGCUCUGUUUUGGCUCAGGGGAGGGCCAGGCUCACCCUUUGUGCCCUGUCCCACCACUCACCAGCCUCUGGGUGAUGUGGGCAGCUGCCCUAACCCCAAAUUGCUUGGUGGGGUGGGCUCUGUGCCAGGUGUUGAGGCUGGGGGUAGUGAGUGAAGUUAUAAAUGUCCUCAUGUAGCUGUAGGAGUGUUUGUGCUUGUUAGAGCUGUGUGUUUGGGGCUUCCAGAGGCUUCUGUGCCUGAUGAGCAGCAAGCAUGGGCUGGAGCCACAGGUGUAGCAGAUGUUGGAUCCAGCACAGUCACUGUGACUGCUUGGGCCAGGAGCAAACACAGGUUGGGUUGGAGCUUCAGACAGGUUUGUAUUGGGGUGAGAGGGAGGGCAGAGCUGGGCCUAUCUCUUGCUUUUGCACAGCAUUUGAGCAUUUCUUCUCUCUCUUGCCGGAGGAGAUGUGCCUUUGGGCUGAGCAAACAUUAUGGGUUGGGGUUUGGCUGUUUUCUAAGAAAAGGGGAAAAAAUUUUUUUUUAACAUUAGCAGUUUCUAAAGUGUGCAAUUUAAGGAAAGAUGAGGACAGGAGCAAGGUAAUGCUGGAAGUCAGUUCAUUUCCUGCCCUCCCAGGGGCCCAGUGGUGGCACUCAGGGUGCCUCAAACUAGGCAGGGAUUUUAGGCCACCUUUGACUGGCCUCUCUCUGUGUCACUGACAUUGCAACCUUUCUGCCUUGGCCUCACCUUCUUGUAAAGAAAAAUCAUUCCUGAUCUGGUCCAGUGUCAGAAAUGAACACUGGGGUGCUGGACAAUGGCUGGAGGACAGACAGUGCCACUACACCCAUCAGAGCCCUGGGGAGGGUAAAUGUGCUUUUGUCUAGGUUUAUUUACUCCUAGACAUAUAGUAAAUUCACAUGAUUUCUACUGCUCUAAAGAGUUCCUGUCUUUUCCAUUUUUAUAUCAGAAUGGCAAAUACAAGUUUAACCUUCAGUUACAACAAUCCCCUCAACCAAUCCUGGAGAAGUUUUACAUCCAAAGCAAAAAAAAAAAAAAAAAAAAAAGAGGAGGGGAGGGAA